AUGGCCGCGCCCAACGCAUCCGCGACGUCGGGAGGGGAGGCGGCCGCCGCGGUCGAGGCCUCGCCGGGGGGAGGAACGGGCGGCGCCGCCUCCUCGACGGCCGCCGCGGGGGAUGACGUGGCGGCGAAGGCGGUGCAGAAGGAGUACGAAAGGCUGGCGACGGUGAGGAACAAGGCCAUCAAGGGGAAGGGCGCCUGGUACUGGGCCCACCUGGAGCCCAUCCUCCUCCCUAACCCGGACACCGGCCUCCCCAAGGCCGUCAAGCUCCGCUGCUCCCUCUGCAACGCUAUCUUCUCCGCCUCCAACCCCUCCCGCACCGCAUCCGAGCACCUCAAGCGUGGGACCUGCCCCAAUUUCUCCAGUUCCCCUUCUUCACCCGCCGCCGUCGCCGCCGCUGCCGCCCGGUCUGGUGCCGCCGUCCACGCCGCCACACCACCCAGGCCCAUCUCCUCAAUUCAUCCUCGCCAUCACCAGCCGCAACACAACCACCGCAAGCGCUCCUCCCUGCCGUCUCCUUCCUCCUCCCCCUCUUACCAGAUCUCUCCUCUGUCAGUCGCGGAGCCUUCCCGUUUGUCUUCCCCUACGUCCACCGACAUCGUCCCCUCCGCUCCUCUGGCGCUGGCGCACUUCCACCACCUCCCGCAGCAGCCGCAUUUGGUGACUUCCGGGGGGAAAGAAGACCUCGGCGCCCUGGCCAUGCUGGAGGAUAGCGUCAAGCGGCUGAAGAGCCCCAAGACGUCCCCAGGGCCCGCCCUCAGCAAGACCCAAGUGGAGUCCGCUGUCUCCCACCUCUCCGACUGGGUCUACCAGUCCUGCGGCGCUGUCUCUUUCUCCUCCGUCGAGCAUCCAAAGUUCCGCGCCUUCCUCCAGCAGGUCGGCCUCCCCGCCGUCUCCCGCCGCGAGCUCGCCGGCGCUCGCCUGGACGCACGCUACGAGGAGGCCCGUUCGGAAUCUGAGGCCAGGAUACGCGACGCCCUCUUCUUCCAGCUCGCCGGCAGCGGCUGGAACCACCCCCGCUCCGGCGAGGAGGGGCUGGUGAGCUUAACAGUGAACCUCCCUAACGGCACCAGCGUCUUCCAGAAGGCCGUCUUCACCCAGGGGAAGGUGCCCCCCAAGUACGCCGAGGAGAUCCUCUGGGAGACCGUCGCAGGAAUCUGCAACAUCAACGGCGCCAGUGGCGCCGCUAGCCAGCGGUGCGUCGGCAUCGUGGCCGACCGCUUCAAGGCUUCGGCCCUCCGCGACCUCGAGAGUCGGCACCGGUGGAUGGUCAACCUCGCCUGCCAGCGCCAGGGCUUUCACAGUCUCCUCAAGGAUUUCACCCGCGAGCUCCCUCUCUUCCGCUCCGUCGCCGCCGGCUGCGCCAAGCUUGCCCACUUCUUCAACACCAACUCCCGCGCCCGCUCCAUCUUCCACAAGCACCAGCUGCAGGAGCACGACCACGCCACCCUCCUCCGCGUCGCCCCUCCCCCCGCGCUGCUGGUGGACCUCUGGGAGACCCGAAGCGGCGACAGUGCGCUCAACCUGGCCUCCCUCAUCGCCAUGAUAGAGGACGUCGCCGGCUCCGGCCGAGCGCUUCAGAUGGCGGCCCUCGACGACUCCUACAAGCUGGCCUGCGUGGACGACCCCGAGGCCCGGCAGGUAGGCGAGAUGAUCCAAGAGGAGGACUUCUGGAACAACCUGGGCGCGGUGCUCUCGCUGGUCAAGGUGGUGAAGGGUAUGGCCCAGGACAUGGAGGCGGAGCGGCCGCUGGUGGGGCAGUGCCUCCCUCUGUGGGAGGAGAUGAGGGCGAAGCUCAAGGAGUGGUCCAGCAAGUUCAGCGUCGACCGCGCCGCCGUAGAGAAUGUGGUGGAGAGGAGGUUCAAGAGGAACUACCACCCCGCCUGGUCUGCGGCGUUCAUUCUGGACCCUCUGUAUUUGACGAGGGACGCGACCGGCAAGUACCUGCCUCAGUUCAAGUGCCUGACGCCGGAGCAGGAGAAGGAUGUCGAUAAGCUGAUCACCCGGCUUGUCUCGCCGGAGGAAGCCCCCACGGUAUUGAUGGAGCUGAUGAAGUGGAGAACCGAGGGGCUCGACCCUCUGUAUGCCCAGGCGGUGCAGGUCAAGCAGAGAGAUCCCGUGACGGGGAAGAUGAGGAUCGCGAACCCCCAGAGCAGGAGGCUAGUCUGGGAGACCUGUCUCAGCGAGUUCACGUCGCUGGGGAAGGUCGCCGUGAGGUUGAUCUUCCUCCACGCGACCUCCUGUGGGUUCAGGUCUAAUUGGUCCCUCCUGAAGUGGCUUUCCACCCAUGGCCGCUCCAGGGCUGCCAUGGACAGGGCGCAGAAGCUGGUCUUCAUCGCCGCCCAUGCGAAGCUUGAGAGGAGGGAUUUCUCUAGUGAGGAGGAGAAGGAUGCCGAUCUCUUCGCCAAUGGCGAAGACGACGUCCUCCACGAGGUCUUCGCCGACAUGCCCUCCAUGUAA